AUGGAUAUACUUCGCUUUAAAGUUGACCACCUUAAGUUAUUGUGGUCGGAAUAUCGAAUUGCAAACGAGUGUGUUGACAACGAAUACGGUGAUCAGUCGGAGUGGGCACGAGAAAAAUUACAAGGAGUAUUUUCAGAACUUGAUAAACUUAUUCAAGAACAACUUCUUUGGAAAUCAAAACUCGCAGCUGAGAUAGAAGACUUACUGGUGGAAAUAGAUGAUCAUUGUCGAAUAUUUGGUCGAAGAGUUGACAUUGUCAUACCACAAGCUGCUGCUUUAAACUUUGAUUUAAGUGACGCAACACGCGAUAGCCUAAAGUUUAUUCGGGACUCGUUACAAGAGGAAAUCGAUCUAACGCAAAAGAAUCUCGACAAAUGGUUAAGUGGUCUUGAAAUUCUUGUACAAGAAUUAAAUGAAGAUUAUAAAGUUCCAUCAAUAGAGGUUUUUAAAACAGAUUUAAGUUCUUCUUUAGUUCUACCGAUAUGUCAUAAAUACGAUGAGUAUUCCCGAGCUGUGACGGAACGACGCGACACAUUCGAAAAGUUCGCGAUCAAGUUACAUUUUUAUUGGAAUGUACUUAAUUAUUCACCUAAGGAUGACAUAGAUGAAUCAUUAUUCAAGUUAUUUGCUAAUAAACCUGAUCCUAAAACUCUUUAUGAAGCACUUGAAAACGAUGACAUUAGUAUUUCUAUCCUUAAGAAAAAAUUAGUGGUACUUGAACAGGAUUAUAUGAAUCGCAAGAAUGAAGUUGAAUCAAUGUUGAAAACUGUUAAAAAUCUUUAUAAUGAAUUAAACAUUCCUUCAGAAGAAAGAAUAAAUUUAAUUUGUUCACUUGAUGAAGACUAUUUUAAUAAGUUAUCUUUGGAACUUAAACGUUUACGAGACAUCAUGCAUACUGUUGUUGAAAAAGCUAUUGAAGAAUACACUGUUCAAUUGGGUAGCCUUUGGGAUAAAUGCUUGGUUCCACAAUAUGAACGAGAAAAUUUCUUUGAAAACGUACAUCAAAUUGACUCUGCCGAAGAAGUUUACGAACUUCUUUCACAAGAAACGACGCGUUUGGAAGAGCUUCAUGUCAAGUGUUCCAAGAUCUUUAAGUGGAUGUUGGAGAGACGUCAAUUGAUCGAGAAAACUGCAUCUGAUCCGCGUCGUCUAUUUCAAAGUUCUUUCCGAUUAUUGGAAGAAGAAAAAUGGCGAAAAUCGUGUUGGCCUAAUUUGGUGAAAAUUGAAGACAACUUGAUUAAUGCAUGCAUCGCUUAUGAAGAAGCGGAAAUCUCAGAACGCACCGUCAAUCAAAUGUUCUUUGGCUUUGAAAAGGAUGCUGCUAAAGGUUCAAUCCAAAAACAGACCAAAGAUAACAAGAACACAACAACCAAACGUAGAGAAAGUAAAGAGAAUAAAUCAACACCAAAAGUUCCACAAAGCCGAUCAGUAUCGCCGGCUGCAUCCGUAAAUGGUGAUCAAAGUCUAUCACAUAAUAGUCAAUCAAUGCAACCUCCUACGUAUAGUAAUGGAACCCGAACGCGUAGUAGUCAUACUCAAAAACUUACUCCUAGCAGUUCGAUACCGCUUUCAAAUUCGGAAAAUUUACCCAACAGAUCACGAAGAAGUAGCAAGGUUAUAAGUCGUUCCGUUUCUCCAGCAAGGUCUACCGCAUCCUCACGUGCAACAUCACCAGAGAGACUAAACGGAAGGUUAACCCGAAAACGCAGCACAAAUAAUAUAAGUUUGACACCACCUUUAAGUCCAACUUAUCGCAUGUCAAGUUCAAAUAAUUUAACUCUUCAUCCUGGAACUGCUGCUACUCAAAAGACGAAUAAACAUGAUGAUAAAAAUUCGGCUGCUUCUCGUCGGUCAUCACUCUUUCUUGGUAAGGGUAACGCUACAUCAAAACGUAGCAAUAGUGUUUCUAGUACAUCAAGUGAAUCAUCAUCCGUUUCAUCUGUUGCUGCACCAUCUACACCAACUACUCUUGCACCACCCUCAACUUCAUCUUAUAUUGUCAAUGGACAUUUAAGUGUACCCGUUACAUCAUCAAAAACUAAAAAAGAAACUGAUAAAAAUGUUAUUAAAAUAAAAAUAGAUAACGAAGAUAAAAAAAGUAAUGUAUCUUCUUUAACACCAUCCAAAGCUACAAAAGCUACAACACCUAAUUCUACAUUAACUAUGCCUUUAGCAAGAAAAACAAAUAAGGAUAUAGCAAAGGCUAGGCCUAGAAGUGUUGUUGGUCAAUAA